GAGGCGUGGGGCGUCACCAGUGGGGACACAAGCUGGACACGCGCCGGGAGUCCUCCACACACGCUCCGAGGCCUCGCGCAGAACACAGCUCUACCAGGGUUUGUACAGAUCAGUUUGAGGUUCAGAAACCAGAAUGUCCAGCACCGGUCCAGCACCCACAAACUCUUCAACGUUCGUCAUCCAGUUUCAACCAGCAACACAAGCAACACCUGUUACGACGGUGAUAAAUGCUCCGGUGCCUGUUUAUGCACAACACAGGGCGGGGGUUUCACCUCUUCAUGGACUUCAGGCAUUUCUGAAAGGCCAGCCGAAAGCUCUUGGGACGGUGCAGAUAAUGAUCGGUGUGCUGACUCUCCUGUUUGGCAUUGUGUCUACAGUUCAUGCAGAUCUGGUCUUUGUCAUUAUUGGUGUUCCUUACUGGGGAUCUCUCAUCUACAUUACUGCAGGCGCACUCUGCAUUGCUGCAGAAAAUAACAUUCAUUCACCCUCCGGUUUGUGUUUGGUGAAUGCUUCACUUGGAAUGAACAUUUUCAGUACUUUAACCGCAUGCAUCGCCAUUAUUUUUAUUUCACUGGAUUUGGUUAUAGGGCCAUACACUUUCUGCACCAAUCAAGACUGUAAUGAAUUAGUGAGAAUGUAUAAGACCCUCUUCACUGGAAUCAGAGUCGUGCUGCUGUUAUUCGCCGUGCUUGAGUUUAUCAUCUCCAUCUGUCUGUCAGUAUUUGCCUGUAAAACCAAAGCCUGCUGUUGUCCUCCUCAGAAACGAGACGGGGACAUUUAUCAGGAUCUGGGACGGCGAGACGCGGACACCUACGACACUCUCCAUCCCGGGAAUAAAAGGCUGCUGGCCUGAGAAACUCUCAAACUGUGCAGCUCAUUCAGUCUUCAUGCCCUAAAAACUGUAUUUU